CGACGCUGUUGUUUGGUGAGCAGCGUGUUGGUGGCGCUGGUAGCGGGCGCGCUGGUGGCCGUUCUAGUGCUGCAGCCUUGGGCCGGCCACGACCACCCGCGCUUCCCGCGCGCCACUGUUGCCGCCAAUGGCUACGAGUGUGCUUCUAUUGGAAGGGAGAUAUUAGAAAAGAACGGUUCAGCCGCUGAUGCUGCUAUUGCAACCCUAUUCUGUGAAGGUUUAUCUUGUGCACAAUGUAUGGGACUCGGGGGUGGAUUUUUGAUGACGAUAUACAACGCAACAACGGGGCAGGUUUCAGUGCUGAACGCACGGGAGCGGGCGCCGCUGAAAGCUCACAAGAACAUGUUCGAGAACGCCUCAUCAACCGUCGGAGGGUUGGCUGUAGCCGUGCCAGGGGAGUUGAGAGGUUACGGCGAGCUCCAUCGACGAUACGGCCGUUUACCGUGGGCAGAUUUAGUGCGCCCAACGGCAGACCUAUGUCGCCACGGCCAUCGCAUCACCGAAUAUAUGGGUCGCGUUCUCGGCACCCACAGCGACAGAAUCAAGGCCGAGCCGUCCAUGAGAGAGGCAUACGUGAAUCCAGAAACAGGGGAGGUGUGGCAACAAGGCGACAUAGUCCGGCACCCAACACUAGCGAGAACGCUCGAUAUCAUCGCGAAGGAGGGCCCGGAGGCGAUUCACAACGGUUCCUUGACGGCGCUGCUCGUACAAGAUAUCCAGGGACACGGAGGUAUCAUAACAGAAGAGGACCUCAGGAACUACAAAGUGGUGUGGCAAGAACCAAUAGAGGUGCCGGUAACCGACCAACACACGCUAUAUUCCGUGCCCCUGCCAGGGACCGGCUCGGUGCUGGCGUUCAUGCUGAACAUGCUGCGAGGGUGGGUAGAAGAGGGAACAGAGGCCCCUCCCGAUUCCAAUCUGUAUUGGCACCGCGUCGUAGAAACCUUCAAGUAUGCGUACGGAAAGCGAACAGGCCUCGGCGACCCUACACGCUAUGAUAAGAGUAAUUUGACGUACAGUAUUACCGAGCUCGAACGUAACCUUUCCACUCCAUCAUGGGCAGCCGCUUACAGGGACUUAGUAGAUGAUGACCAAACAGUCAACGACUGGAGGCAUUACGGUGGUGACUUCGAAGGGGCUAAUGACCACGGAACUGCACAAAUAGUGGUAGUGGCACCAGACGGCAGUGCAGUUUCGGUUACAAGUACUGUCAAUUACAUUUGGGGUUGUCAGAGAAGAUCCUCCAAAUUGGGUAUAAUAUUAAAUAAUGAGAUGGAUGACUUUGCGAUUCCUAACCGGAAAUCAACAUAUGGCCUGCCGCCUUCACCGGCAAAUAUGUUGGAGCCCGGACUCCAGCCUUUGAGUUCCAUGGUGCCAAGUAUAGUGUUAAGAAAUGGAACGGUCGAGCUAUUGUUGGGGGCUGCGGGAGGCACUAAGAUCACGACACAAGUAGCUCUGGCGGUUAGAAAAGCAAUUAUAGAGGGGAACGAUAUACCAGAUACUGUACAGCGACCGCGAUUACAUCAUCAGCUCAUACCUAUGGAGGUGGAACAUGAGGCAGAUUUUAGUCAGUCAGUGAUAGCGUCCCUUCGGGCUCGUGGACAUUCUACAACAGAAUUGGCUCGAACUGCUGGUUUUGCAGCUAUGAUAGUGGCAGGCAGAGAUGCUGACGGCUAUUUAGUACCACAGACAGAUCACCGAAGAGUUGGCAGUAUAGAUGGAUUUUAAACACUGUCUUUGAACCUAAUAUUCAAGACAUUCUCAAAGACAAAAUAGCUGAUACCAAAAAACAUUUAGAAUAAAGAAACGGCUAUGAGGUCAUUGCUGUGUGAUCUGGUGGGUGUAAAUGAAAUGAAGAAACUGUAUCUAUCUUCACUUUUAUCGAUUGAUGUAGGGAACAACUAUUUUCCAUACAUCAAUCGAAAAAAAUACUAAUUUAUGGGUUGAUAAUGAAUUAUUAUUAU